CUACAAGCAGGAAGUGUUCUGUACACAGAGCUGUACAAGGAGGAUAACUGUUCAUCAGAGAGCAGUGACCCGAUGGCUCUAGCUGGUGUUCAGGUGUUGGAGCUGGCAGGACUGGCCCCUGCGCCCUUCUGUGGAAUGAUACUCGCUGACUUUGGGGCUAAGGUGAUCCGUGUGGAUAAAGCCAAAAGCUCUGUUGCAAGCGACACUAUGGCACGCGGUAAAAGGUCUAUAGCAUUGGAUCUCAAGUGCCCAGGAGGAGUCAGUGUGCUGAAGAAGUUGUGCAAACAGUCAGAUGUCCUUAUUGAGCCGUUCCGCCAUGGUGUGAUGGAAAAUCUGGGGCUCGGUCCAGAUGUCUUAUUAAAAGAAAAUCCUCAGCUCAUUUAUGCACGGUUGACGGGAUUCGGACAAUCUGGAAAAUUUGCCAGGGCAGCAGGUCAUGAUAUUAACUACGUCUCUCUCUCAGGUUUGUUGUCGAAACUAGGAAGGAAACAUGAGGAACCGACUUUUCCCCUUAAUCUCUUAGCAGACUUUGCAGGCGGUAGCUACAUAUGUGCACUGGGCAUUGUCAUGUCUCUAUUUGAACGCACUAGAUCGGGGCAAGGACAAGUCAUUGAUUCAAGUAUGGUAGAAGGUGCUGCCUACCUGGGAUCUUUUGUCUAUAAGACACAGAAUACGGGUAUAUGGAGUCAGCCAAGAGGCGAGAACUUACUAGAUGGUGGAGCUCCAUUCUACAGCACCUAUACGACCUCUGAGGGGAAAUACAUGGCCGUAGGUGCAAUUGAACCACAGUUUUAUAAAGAACUUCUUAAAGGUCUAGACCUUGACCCCUCUGACCUCCCUAGUCAGAUGAGCUUCACCGAUUGGCCCAAACUGAAGAAGAUAUUUACUGAAAGAUUCUUGGAAAAGACACAAGAACAGUGGUGUGAGGUGUUUGACGGCACCGAUGCCUGCGUGACGCCCGUUCUGACCUUUGACAACGUAGCGGCACACCCUCACAAUAAAGAACGAGGUUCUUUUGUCUGCAACGAUGAAGGGGAAGUGAGCCCGAGGCCAGCGCCUGUCCUUUCCAGAACACCCGCUAUUCCUGCAAUGGGCAGAGAUCCUUUCCUUGGAGAGAACACAUAUGAAAUACUCUCUGAAAAUGGCUUUUCCGCUAAAGAAAUUUCUGAUCUUCAGGCUUCCGGUGCAAUUGCCUCCAAUAAACCAAAAUCACAAUUAUAA